AUGGGUCACGUCUACGAUAUCCAGUAUAAACCAACACAACUAAUGGGAAACGCCGAUGGACUAUCUAGGCUGGCCGUUGGACCGGAUCAUGAUUUCCAACGACAAAUAUCCAGUGACAACAUUGUUGAAUUUGAAGACGUCAAUGUAGUCUCGUUAGAAGUCAUGUCAGUUUUACCUGUUACGGCGACUUCUAUUGCAGAAGAGACUAGGAAAGACGCAGUGCUAGCUGAAGUUCAGCGUCGCUUGCUAGAGGGCGAUUCAGCUGCAGUCGACAUGCCAGAACUUCGUGCCUAUGUUCAGCGUCAGAGUGAGUUCUCUAUUUCUCACGGUUGCAUUUUGCUUGGAAUGCGCACAGUCAUUCCCACCAAGUUUCGCAAAUGCAUUUUGGACGUACUUCAUGAGGGACACCUAGGCCAAACGAAAAUGAAGAUGCUUGCCAGAUCUUUCGUUUGGUGGCCAGGAAUAGAUAAGGACAUAGAAGCUACAGUCAAAACCUGCGAGUCCUGUGCUUCCAUCGGAGACGAUCCCAAGCCUGUACCUUUGCAUCGUUGGGAACGUCCGGAACACCCAUGGAGUAGACUCCACGCAGACUUUGCAGAGUACGAGAAGGACAACUACUUGAUUGUCAUAGAUGCGUACAGUAAGUGGCCGGAAAUAAUCAAAAUGCGUCGAGUAACCGCGAUUGACACUAUUAACGCUUUUCGCGAAAUUUUCCUGCGUCAAGGCCUUCCUGAACAGUUGGUUACUGACAACGGGCCACAGUUUACCAGUUUGGAGUUCAAGUCAUUCCUGGGGACUUAUGGGGUCCGCCACAUCUUAACACCGCCCUACCACCCGAAAUCAAACGGACAGGCGGAGAAUUUCGUCAGGUCAAUGAAGCAGGCCUUGCGUCGCGCUAAAUGUGGAAGGGAGGAAGACCCUCUAGGAACGUUUCUGUCUAAGUACAGAUCUUCACCUCACAUCUCCACCGGAAAAACACCUUGCGACUUGCUUAACAAGAGACCUUUCAGGUUCAAGCUAGAUUUAGUUCGCCCGUCCACACAGGACUACUCAGGACAGUCUUCGCACUCCUCUCCAAAAAGGGUGACAAGAAGUUUUGUCACUAUGGAUAAGGUUUGGGUGAAAGAUCCAACCCGUAAACAUCAUUGGGUCAAAGGUGUGAUCAUCAGUCGUGAAGGCAACGUUGUAUAUGAUGUUCAACUGGAUGGCAGAAAACGGCGCCGCGUUCAUGCUGACCACUUGAAGAGUAGAGUGUCGUCAGAUGUCGGGUCGCCUAAUGCUUCUCUGUGUUCAGGUCGUCCACGGGAACCCGGGACGAUUCCCUUGAGCCUGACCAUGGACAUCAACUUGAGACCCCAGGCUUCGUCUGCGCCUCCCGCACUCGACGUCGUCUUCCCACAACAGCCACCUGGAAACUCAACAGCAGAGCCUCCGCGGAGAUACCCUAUCCGUCAAAGAAGACCUCCUGCCCGUUACAGGUUCACAGCCUUAGGAGGGAGGAAUGAUGUAGACAACGACGACGACCGAGCUAUGACGGAGCGAGGCUCGUGA